AAGGAUGUCUCUAUUUCAUUAUACAACUUAUAUUUAUUAUAUAUUCUUGUUAGGUAGUCACUCUGUCAUGGAGCUCCUCAGUUCUGACACAUUUAAGUAGUAAGUUCUAGUACAUUUUCCCUUGGAAUUCUCAUCUGCUCAUAGGGAAGGACUAUAUUUAACUUCAGGGCAUGUGAACACUUAAAUUACUAAGGUUUUCCUUCGUUACAGGGAGGAGCUGCUAUCUGUUCUCUUACUGUAACUGUUUAUAUAGGAAUACCAAAAAAGAAGUAGAUGUAACACCAUUUCUCUUCUAAUCAACAGGACAGUUCUGGCAUGUGACUGACUUACACUUAGACCCUACUUACCACAUCACAGAUGACCAUACAAAAGUGUGUGCUUCAUCCAAAGGCACCAAUGCCUCCAAUCCUGGCCCUUUUGGAGAUGUUAUGUGUGAUUCUCCAUAUCACCUUAUUUUGUCAGCAUUUGAUUUUAUUAAAAAUUCAAGACAAGAAGCAUCUUUCAUGAUAUGGACUGGAGAUAGCCCACCUCAUGUGCCAGUGUAUGAACUCUCAACAGACACAGUCAUAACUGUGAUUGCUAAUAUGACAAUCACUGUCCAGAGUCUCUUUCCAAAUCUCCAGGUUUUCCCUGCACUGGGUAAUCAUGACUAUUGGCCACAGGAUCAGCUUCCUUCGUUCACCAGCAAGGUGUACAGCGCAGUAGCAAACCUCUGGAAACCAUGGCUAGAUGAAGAAGCUAUUCAGACUUUAAGGACAGGUGGCUUUUAUUCACAGAAAGUUUCAGGUAAUCUGAACCUUAGGAUCAUCAGUCUAAACACAAACCUGUACUACGGCCCUGAUAUUGUGACCCUGAAUAAGAGUGACCCAGCAAAUCAGUUUGAAUGGCUAGAAAAUACACUGACCAGCUCUCAGCAGAACAACGAGAAGGUGUACAUCAUAGCACAUAUUCCAGUGGGCUAUCUGCCCUAUUCAAUGGGCACUACAGCCAUGAGACAAUGCUAUAAUGAGAAACUGAUAGGCAUUUUCAGAAAAUACAGCAAUGUCAUUGCAGGACAAUUUUAUGGACACACUCACAGAGACAGCAUUAUGGUUCUUUCAGAUGAAAAAGGGAGUCCAAUAAAUUCUGCGUUUGUGGCUCCUGCUGUUACCCCGGUGAAGGGUGCUUUACAAAAACAGACCAACAACCCUGCUGUCAGACUAUUUCAGUACGAUCCUCGUGAUUAUAAGUUAUUGGACAUGUUGCAGUAUUACUUGAACCUGACAGAUGCUAAUCUAAAGGGAGAAUCCAACUGGAAGCUGGAGUAUAACCUGACUCAAACUUACAACAUUGAAGAUUUGCAGCCAAAAAGUUUGUAUGGAUUAGCUAAAGAAUUUGCAACCCCAGACAGUAAGAAAUUUAUAAAAUAUUAUAAUUACUACUUUGUGAGUUAUGACAGCAGUGUAAUUUGCAAUGAGCAAUGUAAGGCUUUUCAGAUUUGUGCAAUUAUGAGUCUUGAUCAUAAUUCCUAUGUAGAUUGCCUCAAACAUUAUUUUAUAAGGCACAAUCUAUAGUAUUUCACAGCUUGUGUUCAUAGAAAAUGUAACAUUGCUCUGUUUCUGAGAUCGGUUUGUGGGAAUUGUUACAUAAAUUUUUGGGAGUUACUGAGUGUGCAAGCUGAAUUCCUUUCUUUGCUUUCCUUUUUAUGAUGCCCAAAUGUAGAUAUUUUUAAUAUUCUAUAUUUUUAUUAUAUUAAAUAUGUUUAAACUGUUCUUUACUAGAAUGAUGUUUGGAUAUAUAUUUCCUGUCUUCCAGUUUAUAUAAUUAUAUCUAAUUUAUACUCUUGUUGAUAUUGUCAUUUUUAAAGUAAAGCAAAUGACUUCUUCCUGAGUCAUAAUUCAGCAUGGUGAAUUAUUCUUCAUAAGAUAAUUUUCAGUUUUAUUAAUUCACUCUUGUUAAAAACCCACGUGUAAACUGAGGUUCAAACUGUUUAAAUUUCAUGUGUAAUCUGAGGUUAACACUAUUUAUAUCCACUGCGUCCUCUUGGGAAAACACUAGUGUCUCAUUAGGGUCGGCUCUGAGUCUAGGAAACGUCACCGGGCAUGUGCUGUCUAGCUGUCUUCGCUCUGUGAGUGAACAGGGUGCUCUUUAGUACUGCUGACCUUAAGGAGAGAACGUCACAAGUCGCACUUAUUGUCGCUGCAGUGCUCUCACAGUCAGCAGUCUUAGGUCCAUCAACAAGGAAAGUGAAACUCAUUUCCUGUGACUGGUUGGACUUCAUGUAAAAAAUGACUCGUAGAUAUAAGAUCUCAUUGUAAUGAAACCAAAUUAUCUUAACUUCUAGAGGGUUGAGAAUGUGACUAUUAUAAAAUUAAAAUAUUAUAUCUAAGAAACUAUCAGUAUUUUUUAGGUAAACACUUUUUUACUCUUAGGUUUAAAAAUAAAUUGGUAUGUUUUAGAUGUGAGGAUACUGAAGCAAAGCAAAGAUUUAUUGUUAAAAAAAAAAUCAUAUCAUUUAGAGGUCAUCCGGCCUGCAAUAUAUUUCAAGUUAGCAUUAUCGACUACAUCAUGUGUUUAUAUAUUUUUAUACUUAAUGGGCAGAUGUUUUAAGAAAACAGGCCUUGGCCAGCCAUAUCAGGAAACGGUGAAAGCCAAAGGUGGCGUGAGGUGACCCAGACAAUGAGCCUCGCGCUGGAAGUGAACGCUCUUGGGCUUGCAGGAUUAUUGUGGAGGAAAUUUCUAAAUCUUUGGGGGACUUGGGGCAGUGAACAUUUAGAGUCCUUCCCACUUUAUUCUACAAUAAAAACUUUUUAAUGCUAUCUUUUUGUAUUCAGUGUAUUUUUACCUUAAAAUAGAAGUAAAUGACCUCAGAGUUCGAGUAACAGUUUGGUACGUUAUCAGUUGAAUGAAUAUUUCAGUUCUCUAAUCAGAGCUGUCACAAUGAUUUAUUGUGGUUUAUUUCAGAAUAUGUUCAAUUAUAUAAAAAUGUUAUUAUGUCCACAGUAAAACCCCUCUUGAUUUA